AUGAAAUAAGCAUCGUUAUUUAUUAGAAGAUCCUUUUUCCCUUUGAAACCCCUUUUCUUUUGUUCCUCCACUCAACAACCUCCACAAGCACCUAAAAUUCAUUCCGUUGUUGACAAUUUGUCAGCAUCCUAUAGUAUAGAGGACACCAUACCUGGGACCUAUUAAGGUGGCAGCGGAGUAUACAUGCUAAUGUUCACCUGUGGUCCAUGCGGGAACAAAAUGGCUCGCACUUUCACAAAGGAUGCAUAUCACAAGGGAGUAGUUCUAAUAAGAUGUGACAAAUGUGACAAUAUUCAUCUAAUUGCUGACAAUUUGGGAUGGUUCCAAGAUGAGAAAUGGAAUGUUGAAAUUCAUGCCAAAGAACAAGGACAAUCUCUGCCUAAAAUUAAUAACCCUGAAGUGUCAAAGCUAGUGCAAUAAUUCAUUUAAAAAUAAAAAAGUUCUUGA